AUGGGAAUUUUCGAACCGUUAAGAGCAAUAGGAUGCAUAACGAGCACAGUUCCCAUCUCCGUUCAGCGAUUGGGCAUGGAGACCUUCGUCACCGUCAGCGUCGGCAAAGCUUUCCAGAUAUACGAUUGUGCCAGGCUAACUCUAGUCAAUAUCAGUCCUCAACUCCCAAAGAAAAUCAGAGCUUUAGCUUCUUUCCGUGACUACACAUUUGCUGCUUUUGGAAAUCAAAUCGCAGUUUUUAGACGUGCUCAUCAGGUAGCAACUUGGAGCAAGCAUGUUGCUAAAGUCGACAAGCUUCUUUUGUUUGGAGAACACGUCCUGAGUCUUGACGUGGAGGGAAAUAUGUUCAUGUGGGAGUUCAAAGAAGAUGCAGCUCCUGUUGGACAUGUUGAGCUUUUCUCUGGGAAGUUUACUCCUACUUGUAUGGUUCACCCAGAUUCUUAUUUGAACAAGAUUCUUGUAGGGAGCCAAGAGGGUCCGUUGCAGCUAUGGAACAUAAGUACUAAGCAGAUGAUCCAUGAGUUUAAGGGUUGGGGUUCGUCUGUCUGCAGUUGUGUUUCAUCCCCUGUUCUGAAUGUUGUUGCUAUUGGUUGUGCUGAUGGAAAGAUCCAUGUGCAUGACAUAGAAUCGGAUCAAGAGAUCGUAACAUUUGAACACGCCUCACGAGGUGCUGUUACCGCUUUGUCUUUCAUUACAGAUGGACGUCCCCUUCUUGCUUCUGGAGAUUCUUCUGGUGUGAUAAGCAUCUGGAAUCUUAGCAAGAAAAGGUCUCAGUCUGUCAUUGGGGAUGCACAUGACGGUUCUGUUUUCUCAUUGAACUUUUUAGCAAAUGAGUCUGUGCUAAUGAGUGCAUCAGCAGAUAACUCGGUCAAAAUGUGGAUUUUUGACACAAAUGAUGGUGAUCCCCGCCUUCUACGCUCCCGCUCUCCUUCUACUCUUAGGUUCUAA